GUCUUCGUUCAUUUGUGUUCAAGUCGCCCGCUCUCGCUGUCGUGUCGUGUCGAGCCGGGUUGCGUUGUGCAUGUUCUCAAAAGGUCGAGAAAUCGGUUAAAGCCGCGGAUGAUAUGGUGAAACUCUUCUUUUAUCCGAUCGGAAAAGCCCAGCACGCGUCGCCCCAAAGCCCUCCGGGCAAAAUGCAGUAAUAUAAGCGCAAGCCAGCUGUCAACUUCGAAUCACUUAACGCCGGCGCACAGAACCGAAAGGUCGUCGUUAUCUAAAACGGAAACUGAGCCCAAAUUUAAACCCAAACCCGAAUCACAAAACGAAACAAAGUCGAAAGACACCCAAAACCCAAAAACAGUUCAACUGAAGCGGCGAGAGCGAAACCAAAGUGAAAAGCAAACCGACUAAUUGAAGUCUGUCUGUCUGGCAGUGAAUCGCCAACGUGCAAAGGAAACAAACAAAACGGAAUAGGAAUUGGCAACAGCCGCAGCAGCAGCGGCAACACAUUAUCACAAAAAAGAGAAAUAUUUAUAAAUAAAUACCGACCAACAGCCAACUACGGGAACAACAACAGCCCCCAUAACAAAAGCAAAUACAACCAGUAACGAAAAUCCGGCAUUAACAUUUAGGCAGUUUGUUUAUUUUAAAUACAUACACGCAAAAGAUCAUAAAAAGAGCAGCAGUAGCAGGCGGAACGAAAACAAAGUUGUGGCUAGAGAUAAGAAAAUUGGCUGAGGCCUCCCCCUAAGCUUAGUUCCGCCGAUCUCCACUGCUCUUCUCUGUAAGCCCCGACGCAGACGAAAGCCGUCCAUAGUUUAUAUAUAGUGUAUGAAUAUCCCCCUGUAUACAUCGAAACCAUCGGACAUGAUGCAGCAUAUGUGGUUCAGGUGGAUGAGGAUCCUGGUGUUGCUCUUCGCCCUCUUCGCAACGGUAGUUUUUAUCAAUAGCGAGAUAGCUAAGCGGCGCAAAGCUGAGGCAGCCUUAGCGGCUUUGAUGGGGAAUCCGGGAGUCGGACAGUCAGGAUUCGAAGAAUAUGACCAGGAGCCCAAUCCGGGUAGCGAGGAGUUUGCAUCGAUCGAAGCCAAUAAAGACUAUGAUACCCUCGUGCGCUCCAUCUUCGUAACGAACGAUAAUCAGGGUGUACAGCUCUUUAAUACAACGACCAUGGACAAUGCACCCCUCAUGCCCAUAAACACCAUGCUCGGCGAUCAGCCCCAGAAUCCGAUUCCAAAUCCGAACCAGAAUCAAAAGAAUCAAACCCAAGCCCCGAAACCCAGAUCGUCCACCAUUUACCAUCAGUAUCACAGCCUAAAUCAACAGCAGGAUCAAUACUUCAAAGUGCAGCGUUCUCCGGACGGGAAGCUGAAUCUGGUCUUUAACGAUACGUUCGUCUCUUUGCAGGACACCACUCCGCAGCCGCAGGCGGACCAGACUCCGCCCACCCACCGCCAGCCAUCGGACACCUUUGUCUUCCCCGGUUCCGCAGGACAUGGCCCACGUCCCAUUUACCCGGCCCACUCGCCAGCGGGGGCUAAUAACACCGCUGCCCUACAGCAGUGCGGAGAUGUGAAGCCGGAGUCAAGGUCCUUCUGCACCCAAGUCGAGAACUAUCCGGACCUGUCCGGCCUGAAGAUGACGCUCUCGAGCAAGUUCUCCAAGUUCUUCAGCGAUGCGGUCCCCACCGAUGUGAGUGCCCGGGUGGGUAUUGAUGCGGAUGAUACGAUCUACUUGUGCCGGGUCACGCCCCGUACUAUCUUUCCCAAGAUGGGUCUGACAACGCAGAACAACUGGGAGUUAAUAGUCAACACUGACGAAUUCAAACAAGCCAUCCAAAUUGAAGAGUGCGAAGUUCCCGAUGCACCUUGUGACUUUACGGAUAGUUUCCCCAACGGGUACAGGUCAUCCUGCAAACAACAUUACAUGACCCGCAACCUUAUCAGCAUUAAGGACGAAGGCCCAUUGGACCCGUCUCCAGAGUCCUUUAGAAUACCCUCCUGCUGCAAAUGUGUACUGAAGAGGGUAUAGUCCUACCGACGAGGGGCUGGGGUAAUCCCCAUUCGAAAAAGCUGCGAAAUUGUGAUUUUGAGCACCAAGAUUCACCCACCACAGAAUGGCAGGCCAAACUGUCCAGGGCUCGUUGUUUAAUUGUAUAUUUUUAUGACUUUGCAGACUCAUAAGCACGAUAUGAUACAUUUUUAUUCUGCAGCUGUCGUUUGAAGCAAAAUCUAACUUAGUCUAUGUGCAUUAUAAUUUAAAAUUUAAUAUCGAGUCACUGUAAUCCAAUUCGUGUCAUAUUUUCGCUUUGUCUUCCUAUGAUAGAAUGCAUGCAAUUAGUUUUAAAAUACCUACACAAAAAUCACAAAGACAUAAAACUACCACACAAAAAAAAAAAAAAAAAAAGAAUGUAUGUUAAAAAAGCUAAUGUAUAAUAAAUGUAUGCGAGUACAUGCCAGCAAA